AUGAAUCGACAGAACGUGAUUGGGAUAACUGCGUAUCAUCAGCCAUGUCGUCCCCUCCAACAUCUAAGCGAAUCAAGACUUCCAUCUCUGCCAACGCACCAUCACACCUGAUCGCUCAACAGCAAGUCAAUCCCUUUUCAAGAGUGCCUUCGUUCGAGGGCAUUCCUAUGCCCCAAACUCAGAUUCCUCCCCAGAAUCCGCGCAAACGCCGUGCUUCCUCCCAGUCAGGCCCUGCGGCUACCAUGGCGGCGCCAGGCACGGCUCCGGCGACGGGAGAAACUGCGCACGAGCAAGGACCUGGAGGAUCGGAGCCUGCCCCUAAGAAGAAGGGGAGGACCAACACUCCGUGGACUGCUGAGGAAGAGCAGAGGCUGAAGACCAUGCGCGACGCGGGUCGCACCUGGAGUGAGAUUGCCAAGACAUUCCCUGCCCGGACCGAAGGCAGCGUCAAGAAACAUUGGUACAAAGACAUGCACUAUGCCGAAUUUGCUGAAGACGAGUCCGUAGCACUUCGGGAAGCGAUUAGGGAAUACGAUGCAAAUAAAUGGAAGGCGAUUGGACUGAAAGUCGGAAAGCCAGCCAAGGCGUGCGAACAAUAUGCGAAAGAACAUUUCAAGGACCUUUAGAUUUCCUACGAACUCUUGACGACGUGAUGACCAAUGCAUCGUCUUCCGCACAUGUAACGGAUCGACGAUGGGCAUGAGUUUUGGAUUCACAUUGCUUCAGGCUGAAGAUGUCAGCGCAAUGUUCGAUGUUAGCCACAAUUUGCAAAGUAUCGGGCGAAGGGUUAUCGGAGUUGGCUUGCGUCUUUCAUUUCAUUUUCUGCUGGUCCCGUCUGGUCGACUAUUUCCCACUUCUUCCUUUCUUACAAGCGUCAUUUCUGGUUAUUUCGUCUUGUUCCUUGUCCCCUCAUAUCCUGGGUGAAUACCACUGUUCGUUUCGCGUAACUCCCUGACGGGUCUUCGCAGCAGCUUUUCGCCGCGGGCGCAGUGCACCCUGGGCCUCAAUCCUGUCGCGCACCCAACAACACUUUGAAGCUUGUUGUAAGGUUUUCAAUCUUUCUAUAGAAGGAAACAUAGUAGACGCUUACUCUCGGUGUCCCAGCAUGU